UUUCAAUAUUCACAUUGUUAUCAAUUAAAUGUCCUUGAUGCGAAUAUAGGUGUUUGCGUUGAGACACCUCUUAAUAUACCAGUGAUUACAACUUAUGGCAACAAAACUUACUAUUUUGAAGUUAAUAAGUUGAACUGGCAUAAUGCUUAUCUAGCUUGUAAGCAAUACAAUAUGGAAUUGAUAAGUAUUGAUUCGGAUGAAGAAUUUGAUUAUAUACGUGAAAUUAUCACCAGUUUAACUGCUACUAAUAAGGUAAGCGUCUGGACUUCUGGCAAUGAUUUCGGAACUGAAGGUGAAUUUAAGUGAAUGAGCAAUGGUCGCAGAGUUUAUUCCAGCCGUUGGCACAAUGGGCAACCAGACAAUGCUGGUGGUAUAGAAGAUUGUAUCCAUUUGUGGUAUCAUAACAAUAUAUAUUUACUUAAUGAUUCCAACUGCUUUUACGAUAUGCCAUUAAUUUGUCAAAGCAUAAAGAAACCCUCUUGUAGCUGUCAGCAGAGCUGUUGAUGUUAACACAAAAAUCUUGUAAUAUAAAUUUCUUUUAUCUGAAACAUGUCUAUAGCUAUAUCAUAUUUAUUAUAAUAGUUAACUGGCAAUUGAACAAUUGUGCACAUUAAUUUUUAAAUUCUAGAGUGUGCUUUUUUUGUCAACAUUUAACAAUUGCACAAAGAAUUUACUGUAUUUAACAAU